AACAUCAGUAUUCGAAGUACAACAGAAAAUAGAGAGCAAGAAGAAAAAAUACGCCAAAAAUAGCUCAAUGUUAAAAAAGGAGAACAGUGGGGGUUUAGAUGGCAGCAGAAAUUACUGGGCAAGGGUGUGUGACAGUUGCCGUUCAGUUACCUGUACCAUUUACUGCCAGGCGGAUUCUGCCUAUUUGUGUGCAGACUGUGACGCCCACAUACAUGCAGCAAGUCUGGUGACUUCUCGUCACAAGCGUGUGUGGGUUUGUGAGGCCUGCGAGCGUGCCCCUGCAGCCUUUCUUUGCAAGGCGGAUGCUGCCUCACUUUGUGCCUCCUGCGAUGCUGACAUCCAUUCUGCCAACCCCUUGGCACAUCGUCACCACCGUAUCCCAAUUAUUCCCAUUCCAGGAACCCUUUACGGUCCUCCAGCUGUUGAAACUGUUGGCGGUGAUUCUAUGAUGAUUAGUGGGUCCACAGGGGAAGGAACGGAGGAUGAUGGGUUCUUGAGUUUGACACAAGAUGCAGAUGAUACGAUUAUAGAUGAAGAAGAUGAAGAUGAAGCAGCUUCAUGGUUGUUACUGAAUCAUCCUGUUAAGAACAACAAUAAGAACAACGUUAACAAUAACAACAAUCAAACCAACAACUAUGGUAUGUUGUUUGGUGGGGAAGUAGUCGAUGACUACUUGGAUCUUGCAGAAUAUGGAGGGGAUAGUCAGUUCAACGAUCAGUACAAUGUUAACCAACAGCAACAACAGUACUUUGUUCCUCAAAUGAGCUAUGGUGGAGAUAGUGUGGUGCCUGUUCAGGACGGACAGGGAAAACCUCUAAUUUUUUACCACCAACAGCAACAACAACAACAAAGUCACCACCAGAAUUUUCAGCUGGGGAUGGAGUAUGACAAUUCUAACACUCGACUCGGUUACCCUGCUUCUAUGAGUCACAGUGUUUCUGUUGUGUCGAUGGACGUCAGUGUUAUCCCAGAAUCUGCACUAUGUGAAACUUCAAACUCCCAGCCACGGCCUCAAAAAGGGACCAUUGAGCUUUUCUCAGUCCCUCCAAUACAGAUACCUCCCCUUACUCCAAUGGACAGAGAAGCCAGAGUCCUAAGGUACAGAGAGAAGAAGAAGAACCGUAAAUUUGAGAAAACCAUACGGUAUGCUUCAAGAAAAGCCUAUGCAGAAACAAGGCCAAGAAUCAAAGGUCGAUUUGCAAAGAGAACGGACGUAGAGGCUGAAGUAAACCAGAUUCUCUCCACACAUUUUAGCAGUUAUAGAAUUGUCCCUUCAUUCUGAAUGCAACAAAGAGAAGAUCAACUACAAGUCUCUAAACCUAGUAUUACUAGUGUAUCUCUUACAUUACUAUCAAUAUAACUAGCUCUUGAAUAAUGACAAAUGUUACUAAAGUAGUUCA